ACGGCAUUCAUGAUCAAAACUUUGGCUGUAGCUUCUUCUAAUCGCAUCUUUUGCCCCAAAUUGUCAUCAAUCUUCUCUUCUUCUCAUCACAUCUGUAGAUUCUCAAUCUCCGAUCGAACCUUCUCAGCGAUGGCCGGAGCUGUCGGCGAAGAGUUCGUUAAAGGAAAUGUUUAUCCGAACGGUGUCGCUCUCAUCACUCUCGAUCGAACCAAAGCUCUCAACGCCAUGAAUCUCGAUAUGGAUUUAAAGUAUAAAAGCUUUCUUGACGAAUGGGAAUCUGAUCCGAGAGUCAAAUGUGUUAUCGUUGAAGGAAGCACACCUCGAGCCUUUUGUGCAGGGAUGGAUAUUAAAGGAGUUGCUGCAGAAAUCCAAAAGAACAAAAACACACCUCUAGUGCAAAAGGUAUUUACAGCAGAAUAUACCCUGAUAUGCGCAAUUGCUGGUUACAAAAAGCCAUAUAUCUCAUUAAUGGAUGGUAUAACAAUGGGAUUUGGCUUUGGUCUUUCUGGACAUGGUCGCUACCGUGUGAUAACAGAGAGGACGGUUCUUGCCAUGCCUGAAAAUGGAAUCGGCUUGUUUCCAGAUGUCGGGUUUUCAUAUAUAGCAGCUCAUAGCCCUGGAGGAGGAUCUGUUGAAUCCGAAAGCAAAGCUCAACGCAACUUUUCUGCGACAAAUGUCUCUGCAGGUGCGUAUCUUGGUUUGACGGGAAAAAGAAUCUCCACACCAUCAGAUGCACUGUUCAUUGGUCUGGGGACGCACUAUGUACCAUCUGAAAAGCUAGCUUCAUUGAAGGAAGCCAUUUUGUCAGCUGUCCUUUCUGAGGAUCCUAAUCAAGACAUCCAAGCAACUUUAUCAAAAUACAGCGGCAAUCCUGAAUCAGAGGCUCAUCUCAAGUCGCUUUUGCCUCAAAUAGAGUCAGCCUUUAGCUCAAAGAAGUCUGUUAAAGAAACAAUCGAAGAGCUCAAAAAGUACCAGCAAAGCACUGAGCCUUCAGUUGUAGAAUGGGCUAGUGAGGCACUCAAAGGGUUGGAGAAAGGAGCACCGUUUUCUCUUUACCUUACACAAAAGUACUUCUCCAAAGUUGCUUGCGCCAAGGAUAAAACCGAGAACGAAUUAGCAACACUUAAUGGCGUGAUGAAAACUGAAUACCGCAUAGCGCUAAGAUCUGCCUUGCGUGGUGAUUUUGCUGAAGGCGUUAGAGCAGUUUUGAUCGAUAAGGAUCAGAAUCCAAAAUGGAACCCAGCAAGCGUUGAAGAGGUAGACGAAAACGAAGUCGAAGCUCUCUUUAACCCAUUAAGCCCUGAAGUGGAAGAGUUAAAGGUGGUUUGA